AGGGUGUUUGCGGAAGUCAUUCCUGCGGAAGCUGUUUCAUAAGAAGUGGCACCUGACUCUGUAGCAGCAUAAAAGCAGCCCACAGAAUACAGCUGUCAAAACCAGCAUGACACACACAAGCUGAUUUCCGUGAACGGGGAACAGGAGGAACGUUACCAAUUUUACCAUGGAAACAUCAGAUUUCAUGCUCGAAAGCAAUUCUAUGGACUAUGCAAACUACACAAAUGAUAACGAGACAGAUUUAGACUUUGUUUACAAUGACCAAGGACAUCACAUUUGCUUGGGAGAAAUUCUGUGCAUGUUGCUACUGGCUGCAAAUGUGAUCAUCAUUGUGCUGGGGGUGGUGGGAAAUGGUGUGGUGAUCUGGAUCGCAGGUUUUAAGAUGAAGAAGACUAUCAACACCACCUGGUACCUCAGCCUGGCCAUUUCCGACUUCAUAUUUUGUGCCACCUUGCCCUUCAACACUUUUUAUAUAGCCACGGAAGACUGGAUCUUCGGACAUUUCAUGUGCAGGUUGACUUCCUUUGUGAUGUUCCUCAACAUGUUCAGCAGCAUCUUUCUUCUUGUCAUCAUCAGCAUGGAUCGUUGCAUAGCUGUCAUGUUUCCUGUGUGGGCACAGAACCAGCGUACGAUAAAGAAGGCUUCAUUGAUUGUCCUCCUCGCAUGGGUUUUAUCGGUGUCCUUGAGUAUGCCGUCUGCCAUUUUCCGUGAUGUUCAGCACCAUCUAGACAGGACCAGGUGUCACAACAAUUAUUUUAUCAUAGACAGCCACAAAUAUAUAGCUAUUUGCCGGUUUAUUUCUGGGUUCCUGAUCCCGUUCCUGUUCAUCAUGGUCUGCUACUUGUUCAUUAUCUUCAAACUGAGAAGCAACCAGAUGGCGAAAUCCACAAAGCCGUUCAAAAUCAUGACAGCUCUUAUUGUGACCUUCUUCUUCUGCUGGCUGCCUUACCACACUUUUGUGCUGGCUGAACUGAACCAAAGCCUUCCCACCAAGAUCAUCAUCUACGGGCUCAGGAUCGGAACCUCCAUGGCUUCAGCCAACAGCUUUCUCAACCCCAUCCUCUACGUCUUCAUGGGCAACGAUUUCAGGCAGAAGUUUAAGAUCUCCAUCCUGUCUAAGAUCGAGAACGCGAUAGGAGAGGAAGGACUAUGGAUGCCAGAGCUUCGACUCACAUCUGAGUAUAAACUGGGAAGCUGAUCAAAAAUCAGGGUUCUGAUUCAUUUGUAUAUAGUGUGUUUCAGUAAGUCAUGUUCCUGACUGUGAGAAGAAUAAUCCGUUGCUUUUAAAAACAAUUCACUUCGAUUUGAAUUGCAUAGCAUGUUCGACAAUAGAUAAAGUAACAAAGUCGAAUUUCAAAGCAGAAAUUUGGAUUGAGGGGGCAAUCAAAUGACCACACGAAGAAGCUUUUUUCCUCUUGGGAAAGCACCCCAGAUGACAGGUUUAUGUAGCGUUUGGAUUUGCACAAGUGAUCUGAUGAUCGCACUAUAAAUGCAUUUGGUAAAAAAAAGCUAUUGAUAGAUAGAUUGUCAACACAUGCAUUGUCAAUUGUCCAUAUUCACAUGCAUAAUAUAUACUGUAUAUAUUUUUUUACAGUACCUUACGUGUGUGUGUAUGGGGGGGCAGCUCUUAAAGAAGAACUGAGAAAAAUGACAUUGCUUAAAAAAGUCUGACCGGACCCAUAACUAUGAUACUAAAAGACUUUUUGGAAUUGGGCAUUCAAAACGGUGUUAUUGCUCCUAACAAAAAUACACCCACGGUAUGAGUGAAAGCCUGAGCUUGACAGUACAUGUGGUUGUCGAGAAAUUAGAGAAGCCAUCGAGAUUCUCAUCUCUGAAAUGCACCGGUCAUAUUUAAGCCUGCUAAGGCCCAUGCACAGCAUUUGAUCUUCUGAAAUGAGGCCCAGGAAGUUAAUGAAAGAAUCUAGGUGUUGCUGUUAAUGCCCAAUUUUAUAUCUUUCAAGCUCCAUAAAUAUACAUUGACUAUAUUCAGCUGUCAUAGUCAAUGUAUAUUUAUGGAGCUUGAAAGAUAUAAAAUAUAUAUACUGUAUAUAUAUAUGAAUUUUGUAUAUUUGAACUACAUGUAUAGGAGGUUAAAUAUUUCUUUUCCAGAUUUAACAGUGAAGAGAAUCUAUGAACUAAAUUGUGACAAAUGUUGAAAUGUUAUUUGUUUAAAGUUUAAUGUUUAAAGUCACUAAGUGCUUCAGUACGACCCUACAGUCAACGUCUGAAAUGCAUGUUGCAUGGCUUUGUACUUUGAACCUGUUAUGGGAAAGUGCUCAAAUACAUUAACAGUCAUAAUGUAGCGCUGUACAGUGUGGCUUAACAGGUGAACUAAGGGCAAAGUUUUUCAACCAUGAUGAAUAAACAGCUUCAGAUUAAAUAAAAUACAAUCAAUGUCAACAAUUUUAGAAUUAAAACCAUAUUGGUUUAUUAAAUUUGAGCCAUAUUCAUUUACUUAGCUUUUGACUGAUUAAAUUGUUUUCUUCUUUCGACCUUUUCCAUUAGGGGUCGCCACAGCGGAUCAUCCGUCUCCACACCCCCCUG